UUAACCAUUCUCAAGGGCUACAUAGUCGUAUAGAUGGAUAUGACAGCCAGGAUUAGUCAGCUAUAUCAGAUGUGGACGCUGUAAUGGAUGACAAGGCACAAGAAGGCGACAUCCAAAAGGAUCCAUCGCAAAAUGAAGAACCUCCUGCGCUUCCGAAGGCUGCAGAUGCCGGGUACAUCGAAGUGCCCAUGAACUUCAGAGCACAGGAUAAACUUAGGGCUGUCUUUAAACGUACCUUUAGCAGAACCAGUUGCAAGCGGGAUGUCAGAAAAAGGGAUAUUGUCCAGGCAUAUUCAGUGCACUACCGGAAAUUAUUGGUCGUCGGGCCGCUAAUAUUGCUAUACGUACUGCUGGGUGCUGUGAUAUUUGACCUUAUCGAAGGGGGUAGUGAGAAUGACCUCACAUUUCUCGAUUCGACCUACUGGGCUAUAGUGACAAUUACUACAGUCGGAUAUGGUGAUAUAUCUCCACAAACGGCAGGUGGGAAGGUGUGGACCAUCAUAUAUAUAUUCAUAGGCUUGACGCUUAUCGUAUCUGCGAUAGCAUACAUCAUGGAUCUUGUCCACGAUCUUAAAGUGGAGCUGAACCAAUUAAGGAAGGAAACCGAACCCUUGCCCACGUUGCGCAGCGUGGUUGUCAGCGUCGCCAUCACCGUCAUUAUUAUGGCCUCUCUGAUACUGGUAGGGGCCGUCUUCUAUUCAAUCGAGCUGGGCCUCAUGUACCUCGACUCUGUAUAUUUGGCCGUCAUAACCCUAACUACGGUAGGAUAUGGCGAUCUCUCCGUCGACACUGAGAAAGCGCGGCUGUUCUCGGUGUUCUACAUCUUGUUCGGUGUGAAUAUAUUUUUGGGCCGGCUGAGUAUGAUUACCCAAACGGUCAAUAAAUACGUCGAGUACAGAAGGAUCCAGAAACUCAUCGAUAGAGGCGUUACAGCGGAUCUGAUUUACGACAUGGAUACCACGGGUGAUGGAGAAAUAGACCUAUUGGAGUUCUCACUCGGGUUUCUAAUCAGAAUGGGAAAAAUCAAUGAGAGAGAUGUUACGCGACUCAGGGUCCUCUUCAAGAAGUUGGAUAAAGACGGCGACGGUAAACUGGGAUACACAGACUUCACUAAUGACGAAGAGAAAAAGAGGAUGGAACUCAGGUAUUUGUCGCUGUCAACUGCGACAGAAACAGCGGACGGUGAGCGGAUGCACAAGGUCGACAGUGUCGACUCGAUAAUCGAAGGCAAAAACGGCGAAUGCGUAGAACGAAACGCCACAGAUCAAACCACACCAACAAGUCAUGGGUUGGACCCAAUCGAAGCACGCGGGGAUGGCUGUGAAUAAUAUUACUCACAAUGUUAUGUAAAAAAACCGCCCAAACCAUAAUUCGAAACAUACGACAAUAAAAUCAUGUAUAAAAGUGG